AUGCGCAGCGGAAGCUUCGUCUUGGCUAUAGCCUCGGCCUGUCUGGCCGCCCAGGCAUCUCCAUGGCUCGCUUCAUUCUCACCUGCGCCCUCGUCGCAGAGGCUGCGACCGCUCACAGGGUUCGUAGCUCUGGGCGAUUCUUAUAGCGCUGGGAUCGGCACUGGCGUGGACGGGGCCGAGAACGAUUGCCGGCAGGGAGCGCAUGCCUAUCCAGCCAUCAUCGCCAAAGAGUUUGCUGCCUCGCAAGGCGGACCGAACGCCACCUUCUUCCAGUUUCUGUCGUGCACCGGGGCGACGACCCACGAGCUCUUGGCCGGUAACGCUGAGAGUCAAAUGGAUGCUCUGAACGGCUCCUUGCCAGUGGAUUUCGCCCUCUUGUCCGUAGGUGGAAAUGAUCUUGGCUUUUUUGAGGUCAUGAACGCGUGCAUCUUCCGGUUUUAUAACUUUUACUCGGGUACGUGUGAGUCCGCCUUACAGCAUGCACAGGAGAGAUUGAACGGGGACGAGUUUGAGGAGAGCCUGUUCAUCGUGAUCUUACAACUCUUGGACAAAGUGAGAUGGGAGAAGAAGCCAUGGUUUCUGAUCACCGUCACCGGUUAUGCACGUUUCUUCAACGAGCAGACAGAGGAAUGCAAUGAUAUGAGUCUCGGUGUCUGGUGGAGAGGCCCGAAGUUGAAGAAAGAACUGCGUGUCAGAAUGAAUGCAAUGGUCCAAGCCGUCAAUGAGAAGAUCGAAAACACCGUCGCCAAGAUUAACUCGCAGUUCGUAAAGACAAAGGUGCUGUUUGUGAAUUAUGACACAAAUUUCGAGGGGCAUCGGUUCUGCGAACCUGGUGUACAGGAACCUGACUACCAAAGAGAUGAUACAUAUUUCUUCCUUGUCGGAGGGCCGGACAACGCACGGAACGAGACACAGGCGAAGCAGGCCACGCAGAGUGCGACGGUUCCGCCUCAUUCUGAACUUGUCGACCCGCAUACGUGUUUAGAGCCGGCUCAGCGAUCUGGCGAUUGGGGCAAGCUCGCUCUUUGCUACAUGGCCAUAUCAAAGGCGAAAGAUCCCACCUUGAGGUUUGCCAGCGGAGAUAUCACAGCAGAGAAUUCUAUGUGGUAUGUGCCAACCUAUUAUGGAAAGACAUUUCAUCCUCGAACACUGGGACACGAGAAGAUGCGAAGCAAAGUCUACGAAACUUGGCAUGACUUAGGGUUAUGA